AGCUCAGAAGGGUGUGUUUUAUGUACCACUGCAGCAUCAGUGUGAAAAAGAAAUGAGAAAAGGCACAGCUCAGUGGAGAGGAAAGAACAAAUAGAGACAGAGGAAACUGACAAGGAGAGAAAAGAGGAUUCAGAAAAGAGAAGGCACAUAACACCUGCAGAGUGGCAGCCAGAGGAGGCAUUGUGGGACCGACAGAGAGAGACAGAGAUCCUCGUUCAGAGCUUCACUCUGGCCCGUGAAAACAACACACACCCACCAACUUAAAGCACUAUUCUGUUUAUUUGUCUGCACUCUCCAGAGGAUCAGAAAGGUCCCUUGGGUGUGUGUCUGGCUGGGUGAAAGGCUGUGAGAGUGUGUGUUUUUGUGUGGUGUGUGUUGAUGAGUGUGUGGGUGUCCUGCAUCACUUUUGAUGGGACAUUGAGAGAUGUGUGUGUCACAGUGUCAGUGGAUGGGCUAUAGAGGGCCUUGCUCCCCUGCCCUCCCCCUGAUCUUCUUCCUCCUCCCUCUGUCUUUCCUCUCCUCCACACCUCCGUUUGCUCAGGGAGCCAUCCACAUCCCCAAAGGCUAUAAAGUGCAUAACAUGUCACAGCCUCCAGUGCUGAUAGCGAUGCCAACAUCGUACACAGCCUUUUCUCUAGAGGACAUCAAUCUGACUUGUGAGGCCUCCGGUAACCCAACACCCAUUUUCCACUGGCAGAAGGAUGGUCAGAGGUUUGGACCCGAGCGUAAAGGAUCUGGGACACUGCGAGCAGAAAAACACGAGUCCAUUAACUCAUAUGAAGGCAACUUCCGUUGUAAUGCUUCCAACACCCUGGGCACCGCCAUGACACAAAUCAUAAAAGUCAUCGUGGAGCCUCGACCAGUUCCGAAAGAACAAAAAAUACAUAAGAUAGCAGCGUAUGAGGGAGACAGUAUCAUCCUGCCCUGCAACCCUCCAGAAAGCUCAACUCCUCCACACAUCUACUGGAUGGACAAAAGGCUGGUGCACAUUAAACAGAGUGAGAGAGUGAUGGUUGGCCUGGAUGGGAAGUUGUACUUUUCUAAUCUUCUAAAGAGUGACAGCAGAGAUGACUACAUGUGCUUUGCCCAAUAUGCAGCAGCCAGCAUGAUUCUCUCUGCGACCACGGUCAGCCUCAAUGUCACGCCCAGUAAUGGUGUUCAUGGUAGAAAACCCCACCUCCUCCAUCCCACUGGCUCCCACACUCCAGUGCUGGCUCUUAGGGGUCAUACUGUCACCCUUGAAUGUAUCCCCACAGGCCUACCAACUCCAAAGGUGGAAUGGAAAAAGAAAGAUGGCAGGCUGGACGAAACAACUGGGGAUUUGGAUAUUUAUAAGCACUGGCUUCGCUUUGACAGCAUCUCCGAGAAUGAUGACGGAGAGUAUGAGUGUAGGGCUUCGAACAGCCAUGGGUUUGUCACCCACUCCUUUACUGUCACUGUGGAAGCGGCUCCCUACUGGGUAAAGGAGCCUCAGAGCUUGAUGUAUGCUCCGGGAGAAACUGUGCGAUUGGACUGUCAGGCUGAAGGCAACCCGACCCCAACCAUCACCUGGAGCAUCAAUGGUCAGCCGAUCACAGCGGUGGCUCAUGAUCCUCGUCGGGAUGUAUUAGGUGGUGUGUUGAAACUGAGGGAUGUCGUAUUUGCUGACACCGCUGUGUAUCAGUGUGAAGCCACCAACAAACACGGUUCCAUCCUCCUCAACACCUACCUCUUUGUUGUUGAGCUCCCUCCUCAGAUUCUUUCCUCUAAUGGAAUAGUAUAUAGAGUCAUCGAGGGUGGAGACGUCAGGCUACACUGUGAAUCCUUUGGCUCUCCACGACCACACAUUAGAUGGGAGGGUGAGGACAGAGUUUCUCUGCUUUCUGACCCUCGUAUCUCCCAGCUGACCAAUGGGACCAUUGAGCUGUCUAACGUCAGUCAUGAUGACAGUGGAGUGUACACCUGCUAUGUCAAAGACAUCAACAUCACUGCUCAUUUGGAAGUCUUCAAUCGAACAGUGAUACUGACAAGCCCACAGGAUGUGCGUGCUCGCAGAGGAGACCCUGCUCUACUGGACUGUCGCUUCUACAGAGACCCUAGGAUAAACAAUUCCCAGAUUGUCUGGCGGAAGGACGGACAUAAAGUGCAGGAGUCGUCACCAGAUGACAAGUACACUAUCUUUGAUAAUGGCACAUUGAAAGUGACAGAUGUCCAAUCAGGUGACACAGCGUCUUAUUCCUGUGAGGUAAUUACUGACGUAGACCAUGUAGAGGCCAGCGGCUCCAUCACUGUAGUAGCACGACCUGAUCCUCCCAGCGCUCUAUCACUGUCUGAUGUUGCUGACCACAGCCUCUCUCUUAGCUGGAUCCCAGGACACUCACACAACAGCCCCAUCACAGGGUUUAUCGUGGAGGCCCGGGAGGAGCAGCACACAGAGGAGGGGAAGUGGAGGUGGUUGGAGUGGAAGAGAGUGCCAGGAGACUUCAACCACCUGCAGCUAACCCUUCACCCCUUCUGCACCUACCGCUUCCGGGUCAUCGCCAUCAACGACUUCGGCCCCAGUGACCCCAGCAGGCCCUCAGCCCAACACAGCACGCCACCAGCUGUUCCUGACAGUAAUCCCACUGGUGUGCGCAGUGAGUCCUCAGACCCAAACACUCUGAUAGUUACAUGGGAUGAGAUGGAGAAACGCUUCCAUAAUGGCCAGGACUUCCAGUACAAGGUGUCAUGGCGUGAGGCUGGGGGUACAAGUCUACACUGGAACCACCGCUAUGUGAGGUCUCCGCCAUUUAUGGUAAACAACACAGGAACGUACACACCAUUUGAGAUCAAAGUCCAGGCCGUCAACUCACUUGGAGAAGGACCAGUACCAGAGCCCGAGAUUGGACACUCCGGGGAAGACAAGCCUGAGGAGGCUCCCACUGGAGUUGAAUCAUUUGUGAUGAACAGCACAGUGAUAGUCAGGUGGAAUGAAGUCCAGAAUGUCCGAGGUCUGCUGCUAGGAUACAAGAUCUACAUCAGGAGGUUGGGUCCACAGGGCGAGCGGGGCCGGAGGUCACUUGGAAAACUGCAUCACAAAGAGAAGAAAGAUGACAGACUGGAGCGAGGGAAGGAGCUAGACACAGAGAGCAGAGAGGAGUUUGUCAAUGGCACGAACACCUCAAAGGAAGUGACAGGGCUGAAACUUUAUUCUCGCUAUGAGUUGUCUGUCACUGCCUUCAACAGUAAAGGAGAGGGCCCCCACUCUGCUCCUCACCACUUCAACACCCCAGAAGGAGCUCCUGGUCCUCCGGCAUCACUGAGGUUUGAUAGCCCAACAGAAAAUUCACUGAUUCUCUACUGGACCCCCCCAUCUGAAACCAAUGGCGUACUGGUGGGAUACAUGGUGCAGUAUCAACGGGAAGUGGAGAGUAGAGACAGCCCACUGCAGAUGGAGAGAAUCAUUGAUCCUAGUGUGACUCACACUCUGUUGGAUGAACUGGAUCCCAACAGCUAUUACAGCUUCAAAGUGAUAGCAUGCACUGCUGCUGGAGAUGGGCCUCCCAUCACACGGAGGGGAGCCACCCUGCUCGAAGGAGUUCCUCCAUCAAACAUCACCAUAGUCCCUGGUAACACAUCACUCAACCUCAGCUGGGUGCCCAGAGAGCGGGAUAGGAACUGUGGCUUCCACAUCGACUACUUGAGAAAGACUGCCGAAAGUAAAUGGGAAAAGUCAGAAGUGGUGAACUCCACGCAGGGUUUCUAUUCACUAACAGGCCUCCAACCGGGAACUCAGUACCACCUUAAGAUCAGGCAUGGAAACUACACUCAGUGGUACAUUGUGACAUGGACCAUAGGACCAGUGCCAUCUGAGAUGCCUGGUAGAUUUGCCACACAAGGCUGGUUGAUAGGACUCAUCAGCGCCAUCAUACUGCUGGUGUUGAUACUGCUCAUCCUCUGCCUCAUCAAACGCAGCAAGGGAGGCAAAUACGCAGUGAAGGACAAAGAAGACAAGGAGGUGGACUCAGAAGCUCGACCAAUGAAAGAUGAGGCCUUUGGAGAGUACAGAUCCCUGGAGAGUGACGGAGAUGAGAAGCGUUCAGACAGCCAGCCGUCUCUGUGCGGGGACAGUAAGCUGGGAAGUGAUGACUCUCUGGCUGAAUAUGGUGACAGUGUGGACAUCCAGUUCAACGAAGAUGGUUCUUUCAUUGGCCAGUACAGCGGCCGAGGGCCCGUUCCCCAUGGCAACGAAAGCUCUGGUCCCACCUCCCCUGUUAACGCAGUCCCACCUCCCCCCAUUGCUCCAUCCAUGUCAAGCAUCCUGAACCGGCCCAGCUAAACACACAAACACCAAACAUAAACAUAAAAUACACACACACACACACACACACACACACACACACAAUCAUACUGCCUGCCUGCAACAGAACAGAAGGGACAGACCAGUUCUGUCUCAACUGCCUGUGAUGUUACACAGUGAGAACACACACACACACACACACACGCAUACAUAUACACUGUCUCAAUACAUUCCACAUGUUUAUGCAGUGAAGCUGUUUACAAGAUGUCUCGCUUUUUCUACUCUAAGUUCACACACACCAACACACACACACACACACACACCGAAGAACACACCUACAAACAAACAUGCAAAAUCAGACAGCCUUCACUCCUCUAUAAGAAAGAAAGAAAGCCAGAGAGAGGUGGAAGGCAGGGGGGGGAAGAUGAUAGCUGAUGAUGAUGAAGUGAGUGAGGCGAGGCAAAGAAAAGGGAAAAAGUCAUUUCAUCAUGUCUGUGACCAAAAUGUUACCACCUUAUUUCAGUCUUGUACACACAUUUAAGCCUUGGGUUUCAUUAACACGUGUAAAGUCAUAUUUGAUUUUAAAUGUUAUAUCAUUUUAUAUACUGUAUGCAUAUAUAUAAAAUCAUCAUCAAUAACAUUUAUUUUUUCUUUUUGUGCAUCAUUGUCAAACAUCUCCACUCUAUCUCCACUCUAUUUAUUUGUGUUUGUGUGCAUGAGCCUGGGAAUGAUUUUGUUAUUUAUUGAUGUGUGUGUGCAGCUGUCUGAGUGACUCCAAGACCUAAGAUGCAUGCCCCUCCCUGAGGCAUCUAUAAAUCAUCCAGUUGAUGUUUAGUAUAUGAGUUUAAGGAGUGACUGUUACUUUCAUGUGUUUGUGUUGCUCAUGUGUGACUGUUUGUGCUCUCCAUCCUUGCCCUUUGACCUGCAGUGAUGGGAGAUCUGUUGCCUUAAGAGUCCAGUUGAGGCUCCUCUCCUUUCUGUCCAUUCAUCACUCUUCUAUUUCUCCUCACACUCAUUUCUUUUACAUCCUUCUCCUGCUUGCUCAGAAAAUAAAAUGCAGGACAGAAUGUUAUGGUUGCCCUAGUAGCUUGAUGUACUGCAACUUAAAAAGCAUAUGCAAACUAGCGAAACAUAAGGAAAUGAUGAAAACAGCUACCAAUCUGACACAUGCACAGCAUUUAGAAAAAAAGAUGCAGCAAACUGACAACGUAUUUAAAAAUCUGUUCUCUGUUUCUACAAAGAACACAGAACAGAAAUGAGUUACAGAAACAAAAAAAUGUAAUUCACUUAAAGGACAUGAGAUGCUUGGUUUAUAGCAUAUACAUAUGUGGAAUAAUACCUGAAUCAUGCAGUCAGAAUGUUAAAAUUAAAAAAAAGUAUAUCAUUUGCUCAUUUCCCAGCAAUAGUAACUUCUUUAAUUUCAUGGCAGAUCGUGGCAACAAACGGUGUGUCCCUGGUGUGUCAUCAUCCUUUCUUAGUGUGGUUGUUCUGGUGUUCACUGGGUUCUUUGUUUGUUUUUGUCCAAAUGCUGAAAUAUGAAAUUGAUGAGGUGAUUAUAUAUUGUGCAUUUACAUGUGUUGCCUUAGGUUUCACUGCACUGAGCUUUCAGGUAGAGGUGUUAUGCUCCAAGCAGAUGCUCAGCACAUACCUCAUUUACAACACCAAACAUUAUGUGACCACUCCUGACAAGGCUGUGUUGUGUCUAACUCACAUCAAAGAGGGUUUGCACUGGUUCUGAAUCCAGGAUGGCCUUACCAUUCCACCAGAGUGUUAAAAUACAAAACUGUAAACUUAGCUUGAGGUGAUGCUUUUAUAAUGCAAACUUUAUUGAACAAAUAAUAAUGAAAGCAGAAUGAUCACUUGUAUACUAAGUGAUCAUGGUCUCAGUUUAAUCCAUCCAUACAGUAGCAAACAUUGGUCCAGUAGACUUCAUCAUCUUUGACUGCAUAAAAUGCUUUGAGGCAGUGAACUAUUUUCAACAGUGCUUCACAGCGAUUCCGUUUGGUUCCUUCAUCACUACUUUCAGGGCAUUGCAGAAUGUGGUUACAGACAGAAAGACACUCCUAUGCACACACACACA